AUGAUGGCAGGAUUCAUGAGCUACUUUGGAGGUCGUCGCGAUACAAAGCAGUCGUCAAGAGAUGCUAUUGUGACGCUGCGGCAGCAGCUGCAGAUGAUAGACAAGAAAGAGGAACACUUGCAGAAGAAGAUCGACGAGGAGUUGAAGAAGGCAAAGUCGAAUGCUGUAACGAACAAGAAUGCCGCGACGGCAGCCCUGCGGCGCAAAAAGGCUACGGAACAGGAAUUGGAACGACUGCAGGGGACACGCUUUCAGCUUGAGAUGCAAGUGAACACAUUGGAAUCAGCAAGCUUCAAUGCGGAGACCAUGGCCGCCAUGAAGAAGGCGAGCGGCGCACUGAGGGAUAUUCAUGGCAAACUGUCAAUUGAAAGGGUCGACCAGACCGUCGCCGAGAUUCAUGAACAAACUCAGUUGGCGAACGAGAUUUCGGAGGCUAUCUCCGCGAACACAUACAGUGGCGUGGAGAUCGACGAGGAUUCGUUGAGAGCGGAAUUAGCUGAUCUGGAGCAAGACGAGUUGAACGAAAGGCUCAUGGGUGCGGAUCACGUCCCAGUGCAUCAGCCUCCAGGAGCGACAAGGAUCGCAGAUAGCCGCCAACCUAUAGCAGUUGAAGAUGACGAAGAUGCUCAGCUUAGAGAGUUGCAAGCAGCCUUGACUAUGUAG